AUGAUUACCGAGAGCGCAAGGGCGGGCGCAGUUGGCUGCACGAAUAUUAGGGGCAGCGCAGGACAAGACGAUGGAUUAUUAAUUGCUCGCAGUGUCUCGCGAGGCGGGGGCCUGGACGGUUAUAUACGACAGCGACGGCUGGAACAAGGCAUUUGUGUCCUUCUUGAAGCCGGAGCCACUAAUACACUAGCGGCCGCUUUGAAGCUAGCCGUAUUAGGCAAUUUAAAGAUUCAUGGAGGGCUCCAGCGGCUGGGCCAGGUGCUGCACGUGGUGAACUCCUCCGAUGACAUUUACCUGUGUUUCUUUUGUCGUUUUCCUCUCCUAUCCCGUGUAUAUUCACUUGCGUCGGACGUCUUCAGCACUUUGUGGCGCACAGAAACAGAUACUCGGCAGCGCCGUUCGGAAGAGUCGAAGACACAAUCCUCCCAAAAGAGCCUCCAAAUCCCGAUUCCACGCUCUGCACGCACUGGCUUCACAAUACAUUUGAGAUGGCAAUACCGCCCGCCAUGGAAAAAGGGUCUUCUUAUGCCAGGCCUAUCGUUGAAGCAGCUUUACUAG